CAACAAGACAAAGACGCAGAAAUUGUAAAGCAUGGCGACAGCGAUAGCUGGCCUAAGCUGCGCAAAAUUUUUAAUGCUGCAGUUGCUGACAAGGCUAGAAUCGAAGCCAAGCGGCUGUCGCAGAGCCUCCACUCGCUACAGGUCAACAACAAGCUUCUUUGCACUCAAAACGAGGAGCUACAA